CUCUUUUCCUAUUGGUUAGUCUUGCGGCGAGAGUGCACGCAAAGGCCUUUGGGAGAUGUAGUUGCUUUGAUUCCGCCGGGGACCCUCGUUUCAGGGCCCGUAUUUCCGCUUCCUGUGUUGUGGGGGCUGUGUCCUUCUGUCGGCUCGGAGCCUUACGCUGAGGCUGUGUGAGGGGCUGGCGAGUAGGCCGAGGGGAUCGCGGGCUCCCCGAAGAGCUGGCGUCCCUCGGGAGUGAGCAGAUCUCCCCGAGCGGUGCGGGGCUCCGGCAGCAGCAUGGGGAGGGGGCCGGGUCAGUGAGGGCUGGAUGCUGCUCGGGCCGCUCGGACACUGCCCGGGGCCUUCAGGCCUUCAAGGGGAGGGAGGGUGAGGUGCGCUUCUCCUGCGGCAAGUUCCGAAACUUGCAGGUUCUGGGCAGGGAGGGUUCCCGGGGGCAGCAGCCCUCCUGGCCGUCGCUUCCCGGCUUUCUAGACCUCCAGGUCCGCCCCCCCCCCCUUUUUCUACUUUUCCCCGUGGUUCGCCCUGCGGCCGUGGCGUGUCCGUAAGCCCCCGGCAUGUUUUACGUAGGCUCCAAACUUCUUCAGUUAGCUGGCCGGCUCAGAAAGAAGUGGUCCCAAAUGUACACCAUAGAACUUCCAGCGAAAGACUGGGCACAUGUUAACCAAAGAAACCUUUCUCUGUUAGAACUCUCGAGUUUGAAUCACCUAAUACAAGUUUAAACCUAGAGCCCCUGGUUUAUUUAUGGGGCCUUAGGCAAAUCACUUGACGACUUCUGACAAACCUUUCUUAUCACACCACGAUGUUUCCAAAAAUCCUUUUCAACACUACAAAUCGAUGAUUUAUUGACUCAUUCACAAAAGCCCGAGACCCAAGAAGAACAGGUUACAGAGAAGCUUGGGCAAAUAAUCUGCCUACCAGUUAACUAGGAUCUAGAGAGCCUAGUCUUUCCUAAAAUCCCACGUCUCAGUUAGGUGCUGCUCUCCAUGGUGCUGUCUUGUAUAUGAUCUCAAAGUUAUUUGGGGUUCUAAUUUGUAAUUCUGGAUGAACAUGACUAAACUGUUGUAAUGGAAGGAAAGGUAGAGACUGGUAUUUCUCUGUUGAAGAGGGCUGGGAGAGGAAGAAAGGAGGAGAGAGUAUAUUCUGUUCUCCAGCGAUCUGGGAUAGAUUAAUAUUUCUCAGGUAACUUCUGUUGAUGCUAUUGUUGUGUCUCUCUGUGCCUAGAGCCCUCUGGAAGAGUUUGUCUCAGUGGCGCCUAGCCAGAGGCAAGAGUUAGCUUGCCAGGACAAAAAAGGAAGAGAUUGGACAAUAAGAACAAAGCCUCUUCUUAAACUGGACAAUGGCUGUAGUUUUGGACCCCCAGGUUCAGGCUCCUCGAGCACAAGAUGGGUUUCUAAUAGUGAAAUUGGAAGAUGAUUCCCACUGGCAUCAGGAAUCUUUCCUUCAUAGAAAUGUCCAUAGUCCUGAGGCUUCCUGUCAGCGGUUCUGGCAGUUCCACUACCAGGAGGCAGCAGGACCACGUGAAGCUUUGAACCAACUCCGUGAACUCUGUCGACAGUGGUUGCGACCAGAGAAGUGCACAAAAGAGCAGAUUCUGGAGCUGCUGGUGCUUGAGCAGUUCCUGACUGUUCUGCCUAGAGAAAUCCAGACCUGGGUUAGAGAACAGCAUCCAAAGAAUGGAGAAGAGGCAGUGACUCUGGUGGAAAAUAUGCAAAGAGAACCUGGCAGAUCAGCGAUGAAGGAGAACGCAGAGAGAUUACACCUAGAACCAGAGAAAGAGCUGAGCUGUGAUCCUAAGAUAGAGCCCCAUUCCCUUCAGGAGAGUGCUCUGUCUGCUUCUCAGGUCCUUGAUCUUCCUGUGGAGGCAAGUAGUGGUAACCAAGAGAUGGUGGGCAAGUCCCAGGACCUGGUAACUUUUGGAGAUGUGGCCAUAUACUUCUCUCAGGAGGCUCAAGGGCAGUUGGAUUCAGCUCCACAGGACUUCUGCCAAGAUCAAACUCAGGAGAAUGAGAAUGGUGUCUCACAGAGGUUUCCAAUUCCCAGAACCAGCAUGAUCUCCCAAAUAGAGCAAGGGGAGAAACUGCAGAACCUAGAUCUUCAAGGCUGUAAAGAGAAGGAAAAUUCAAGAGAUUCUCGAAUGGUUGGAGAACGAACAAAAAUUGGUCAGGCACCAGUGAUGAAAAAAGUCAAACACUGGGAAGAGCUGGAGCGUCAGGGUUUGGAUGAUGAAAAGGUGGCUGGUGUACACUGGGGCUAUGAGGAAACCAAAAUUUUCCUAGGGAUUCUCAGUGAGUCUUGGAUUUAUGAAAAACUCCGAACUUGUCACAGGAACCGUCAGGUAUACCGGAUUGUAGCUGAGCGACUACGUGAGCGAGGCUUCCUCCGUACUCUGGAACAAUGUCGAUAUAGAUUUAAAAACCUUCAAACAAACUACCGUAAAGCAAGAAGCACCCACACCCCAGGAACCUGCCCCUUCUAUGAGGAAAUGGAUGCUCUAAUGAGCCCUCGUGUUGCUGUCACUGCUCCAGAGGUGGAAGGGGAUCUUGGGCAGGGAGACCAUGAUAUUGAAAGUGAAGAACUGGAGAGGGAUAAUUGGGAACAUGAAGAUAUAGCAAUGGCAGGGGUUGUGCUAGAGGGUGGGUCCAGGCAACUGGAUCUGAGCCAUCCAGCAGCAUCUUUGGAAGAACUGCAUUCAGGAGCUGUUUCAGAGGAUUCUGACGGUGAGGAAUUGGGCAAUGAUGAACCAUCUGAAAGCCCUGGUACCCAAACCCUGUUUCGGAGUGCCACAGGAGUACACUGGGGUUAUGAAGAAACCAAGAUUUUUCUGGGGAUUCUCGGUGAACCUCGUAUUUAUGAAAAACUUCGGACCUGUCAUCGGAACCGUCAAGUGUAUAGGAUUGUAGCUGAGCGACUUCGUGAAUGUGGCUUCCUCCGGACUCUGGAACAAUGUCGUUACAGAUUCAAAAACCUUCAGACACACUACCGAAAAGCAAGAAGUGGCCACACCCCAGAGACCUGCCCCUUCUAUGAGGAGAUGGAUGCCUUGAUGAGUCCAUGGACAGCCAUUACACCACUUGAUGUCCUAGAAAUGGCAGGGGGUCUCCUAAAGGGGAAAGUUGAGUCCAAAGAGAACACUAACUGGGAGAACCCAGAGACAGUGACAGAAGUUGGCAACCAUGUGGAAGUGGAGGAACCUCCAAAAGAGGUCAAAAACUUUAAGUUAGAGGCUGUCUUUCAGAAUUCCAGUGAACUUCCAAUUCACAAGCCAGAUUCAAACCCCAAGCCAGAAGUGGGAGAAGAGCUGCAGAAUGUCAAUUUUCAUGAUUUCAAGGAAAUUCAGAGAACUUCCCAUACAGAUUUUGAAAUGACUGGUAAGCAUGAGAAGAAUCCAAGCCAGGAAAUUUCUGAGGGAGUAGAACUACAUGCAACAUCACUAGGGAGCUCCAAAGGAAAUGCUUCUCAUUAUCUUAAUUGGAAGAAAGCCCAAGAAGGUGAAUACAGAACUGAAAGGCAAUGGGAAAUGCUUCCAGGAGAAGAACAAGGACCACCAUCUCCUCAGGAAAGAAAUUUAGGCAAUUUUAUAGGACUUCAAGGAACCUACAUAGGAGAAAACCCAAACACAUGUUCUGAAUGUGGAAAAAACUUCAGCCAGAGCUCACACCUUGCUGUACAUCGAUUAGCUCACAUUGGGGAGAAGAAAUUACAUGAUUGUGAGGAGUGUGGCAAGACCUUUAGUCGAAGUUCACAUCUCAUUUGCCACCAGAGAAUCCACACAGGAGAGAAGCCUUACAAAUGUCCUGAAUGUGGAAAAGGCUUCAGUGAUCACUCUAACCUUACAGCCCACCAAAGAAUUCAUACAGGAGAAAAACCCUAUAAAUGUAGUGAGUGCUGGAAAAGCUUCAAUCAGAGCUCAAGCCUUAUUAUGCAUCAGAGAAUUCACACAGGAGAGAAACCUCAUAAAUGCAGUGAAUGUGGAAAAAGUUUUACCAAUAGCUCACAUUUCAAUGCUCACUGGCGGACUCAUACAGGUGAAAAACCCUACCAGUGUCCUGAAUGUGGGAAAAGAUUCAGUAAAAGUUCUACUCUCACUAGCCAUCAGAGAAUACAUACAGGAGAAAAACCCUAUGAAUGUCUUGAAUGUGGGAAAAGUUUCAGCGAUCGCUCAAAUCUCAUUACACAUCGACGAAUUCAUACAGGAGAAAGACCUUAUAAGUGUGGUGAGUGUGGGAAAAGCUUCAAUCAGAGUUCAAGCCUUAUUAUACACCAGAGAAUACACACAGGAGAAAAACCCUAUGAAUGUAAUGAAUGUGGGAGAAGGUUUAAUAACAGCUCACACUUUAGUGCACACCGGAGAACUCAUGUUGGAGAGAAACACUAGACUGGCACCAUAUGUUGAAGAAGUAUCAGUAAAAUCUUCAAGUUUCAAAUAUCAGGCAAUCAACCCCAAAAGCUUCUAUUAUAUUUAAUUCUGUACCACACCUGAAAAAGACUAUAGUAGUUGAGGUUCAAGCUCAACUGUUCAACCCAACAGAAAUAAUAUUUCUGUUUUAUUAAACUGUACACUUAUCUUAGAGAAUAUUCUUCAGAAUUCUCUUUCAGACUGUGUUGAAGCUGAAAACAAGUUUCCAAAGCCAAUAGAAACCAUAGUUCUUUACUGGUUCAGUCAUCAUCUCACUGUAUGGCUCCUAUGUGACUGUGCCUUAGCUUCUACACCUCAGAAAUAGGAAGAGGGCAGUCCUGUUCCUGAGCCCCUCCCUAUCUGGAGAGAGGAGUGGCAUCUUCACCAUCAGUGGUGACAGUGACAGUUGUAUAGCCCAGCUACAGAACAGAACUGUGGCCCCAUAGUGAGUGUGCAAUUUGAGGACAUAAAAGAAGAGAGACCAUGUCUCUUAGUGUUUCUUCCAGGAAAGGGCAAAAGCAAAGAUCAGUACCAGAGACUGGUUGUCUCUAAACACCUACAAACACCAUUUGCUAACUUGCUGUUUAUCUAAUGAGGUAUGGCUAUGUAUAAUGAUAACGUAUUUAAUUCAAGUCAGUAGCCAUCAUAGUAAGUGCCUACUACAUAUAAAGCUUUGCACUAUGCACUAUAAGUAGGGGGUGGAGAAAAUACAAAAAUAAUUGUUCUAUAUUACAGCAGUGCUUCCAUAGUGUUGAAGAAUUACAGUUUUGGGUUUGAAACCUAGUGUUGUAUCUAAGAGAAUGUAACUGGGUUAUAUAGGAGAGACAAAGGGAAUGUUUCUUAAGCUGUGGUAAAGAGUUUUCUGGCAUGUGUCCUGAGCAAUAAAUAAAGAGUAGUGUCUUUAAGAAUUGACUUGGUAUAAGGACAGGCCUCUGAAUCCCCUGGUCUAUAUAGAGAGGCUUCCUAACCCACAUCAUAUCCUAUGAUUGCUACCCAUGCUUCAUUGCUGAGUCCACCAAACAUCAAGAUGCAGGAAGUUUGGAUAGGUUCAGCAUAUGAGGUCAGUUGUCACUUUCAGAAAGAUGAAAAAUUCUGAAGAUGAAACUGUUUCCAUACCCUGCCUCUGGAAAUCCGAAAGUUUUAGGAGGCUUCAGAACCAAAAAUAAUUUACCUUUCUUUUAAUAAGACAGAAUUCUCUUUUCUUCUUCAUCCAUUUCUCUAGUUCAAUGCUGAUUCCGUCAGCCACAUAACUUUUAACAACUUUAUUAAAGGAUCCAUAAAUUUUUUGUUGAUACUUGUCAGUAUACACCCUGCCAUUCUUUUUCCAGUAUUAUUCCUUAUUUCACUAAUUUAAGAGAAUGAAAUACCUGAAUGCUUGUACAUACUACAUCUCAAUUUCUUUAAGGCUGUAGGCAUUUAUGGACAAAUGCUUACUUAUUUUUUUCUUUUUUUUUUUGCCUUCAGAAAUUUUAAAAUGUCUCCAUUGGUUACCCAUCAACCUGGGAUGUAAGAAAUUUGAGGGCAUCUGGGAAUCCCAGAAAAUGCAUAUAUGUUUUCUAAUUUUUCUACUGUUGUAAGAACAAUAGUCCUACAUAGUCAGAGGAAUCCUAUAAGAGCCAUUAAUAUUCUUAUCUUCAUUGUGACUAAAUGAAAUGGCCUUCCUUUAUGAUGGUGGCAUGAAAAUAGAACCAUAUUCUCAAAAGAAUGCUAUCUGGGGUUGCUGACUAAAGUUAAGUUAAUUCUAGAAAAGACAUGGGGGAAAAAACCAACUGUAAAAAAGUUACUUUCUCUAGAAAAGUUAUAUGAAUGAAAAUGAAGCAGUGACUAACCUGAAAAGGUUGUAGUCUACAAAAACAAUAUGAUAGGUUUCUUUUAGCAAAGGAGGUAGUAGGUGUCCCUAUUUAUGGGAAACCUACCAGUCUGGGCUAAACAUUUAGUUUUUUAAGUUUUAUGCAGUUCUCAAGCUAUAUAGUUCUGUGAUAGGGGCAGCUUGGCCUACACUCCAGAUCUUACUCAACUCUGUUUCUAUAAUUCUUUGCUGGUAGAGAAUCUAUGAAAGCCAGAUUAAAAAGGUUUAGAAGGGAAACAAUUUGGUUAGGUCUAUAUCCCUACACAUCCAGAAUCCAAGAAAGGGUCAGAAACUUAACUGAAAUUCCUCUUAAGUGUAAUAACAGAUCAGCCAUUAUCAUACAGUAGCAUAAUGCUUCAGUCCUAAUUCUUCCCAAGUCUGUUCUACCCUGAUGAAUUAAACAUUCCUCAUUCUCAGUAUUUCCUUGGUACUUCCUAAUAAUCUCCGAAUUUUAGCUCCCUCUAAAAUAAGGAUAAGAGGCUUAUCUUUGGCAGUGGCUGAAUAACCAUUUUUACCUGAGGUUCCUGAGUGGUUUCAUGAAGCUCAUUGAUCUCUGUUAGGAAAAUACAUACUUACACUAAAACAAGGUCACAAUGCUUUUUUACCACUAGAAAUGCAGUAUAAAAAUUAUAGUGAGUUGGCUGUUUUACAUUGUAUAUUCAGUAUACAUAGUAUAGUCCAUAACCAAAAUAGAAAACUUAUGCUAUGGAAAAUGGAUUUUUUGAAAAUCUUCCUCAAAACCCACUGAGGACUGAGAUAUCCUUUCAAAAAUUAAAUAGCUGAAAAGAGCUACCAUGUUUUACUACAAAGCAUCUCUUGGUCAGAAAUACUAGAUUGGAGGAACCAAUAUGACAUAGAUUUUUAAUUUUUUUUUCUUUAUUUUAUUCCAGUAACAAAUCUGCAAAUCUAGUUUUCCAAGGUUACAUGAUUCGUGUUGUCUCCCUCCCCUCUCCCAUAGCUGACAAGCAAUUCCAUUGAGUUUUAUGUGAUACAGACAUUUUUAAGGCAAAACUAUUCAAAAGUGUUUCCAAGCCUACCACCUGAUUUUUUUUUUCACAUAACCUUAAAGGAAAAGGAACCUUGAAAGUCAGUCAUUCAAGUAUCUUCCCUAAUAAGAUCCCUCCUAUGGUCAUGCAGUUGAUACAGAAGUACUUAGCUCACUAAGUCAAAGGUAGCCCACUUUAUUGUUAGGCCAUUUUAAGACUUACACCAGGUCUUAAUUCUGCCCUAUAGGGAGAAAAUAAUUGUAUUUUUCAUACAACAACCAAAUAUACUAGGAUCUUACUUACACAAACUUAACACAUGUGAAUGCAGGUAUACAUGAUUGGCAAUUUUAAAAAAAGGCAGAAAAAUACACAAAAUAAAAAUUUUUAAUUAUGACCUAAUUCACUGUUUUUCCAAGCUGCAUAAAAUCAAGAAGCAGUUUAUUCAGUCAUGAUCAUUCUCACUCUGAGAAACAUCAAUAUGAACAUUAUUUUUCACCAAAUAUUAAUUUCCCAAUCAGUGUGUCCAGGAUUCUUACUUGUAACAAGUUGUGUCCAUGUCACAGCAGUGCUUCUCUUUGUUUUCUUAAUGCUAUUUAGUCAUUAAUAAUGACCCCAAUGUAUAAGAGUACCAAUGUUGGUAGCUCUUAUAAGCCUAAGAAAAGUCGUAAAGUGCCUAGGUAUGUUCAUAUAAGAAAUGCUUAUUAAAUAAUGGAUUUCUCUAUUA